AUGGCAGCUUCUGAGUCUAGUACUUCCGAUGUCAGAGAGGCCAGCCUUCCUGGUGAGGUCUGUGCUGUGCUGUGCGGGUAUGUUGGGUCCCGCUAUCACGGUCUGCAGAAACACGAUAAGGGUCCUCCAACCAUCGAGCAAGAGCUGGAGAGUGCGCUGAUCAAGUGCGGGGCCCUUGUGUACGAGUCUGGCAUCACUCAGAAUGAGUUCGGCCUGAAGAAUGGGGAUCUCUCUAAAGUGAAGUGGACACAUGCGAGCCGCACCGACAAGGGAGUUCAUGCGGUCGGGCAAUGCAUUGCUCUCUCGAUGCAGCUGAACUUUGCGGGCAAAACUUGGGAGGAGCAGCAAGCGAACAUUAAAUCAGACAUCGUCGUGUAUGGGAUCAAGAAAGUGCCGAAAGGAUUCUACGACGACAGGAGACUCGACCCCUCCCUGGGCCUUGGCAUUACUCGCUUCGAUGCUCGUAGAGACGCGACGGGAAGAAUCUACGAGUACCAGACGUUCAGAAUCUCAGACGAGGAGAUCGCCAAGAUCGCAGCCGUGCUGAGAAUCUACGAGGGGACUCAUGACUUCCACAACUUCACGGCAGACAAAUGCUCCGAUGAGGGGCCGACAGAGACCCAGCGUGUGGUGAGCAGGUUCGUGCCAGGACAGAAGCGAGUGAACGCUGAGGGAGUGGAGUACCUGGGGUUGGAGGUUGAGGGCGACUCGUUCAUCUACCAUCAGAUCAGAAAGAUGGUGGGGCUGGCAAUCUUUGCGUUGAGGUACAAGAGGGACGACGAGAGGGUCCAGUUCGUCCACGACAUCGUUCAUGAUCAGAGUCGGCACUACGUGCCGCUGGCGCCCUCGUUGGGGCUGAUGCUUGAUCGAGUGCUCUUCCGCAAGGAGAACAAAACGCACGGGGGGUUCACAGUGCUGCUGGACUUGGAGGACUUCUCGAGAGAGAUGACGGAGUUCAAGCGUCAGAGGAUCUACCCAGAGAUAGACGAGAAGGAGAAGCGAGAGCAGAACGUUUCCUCCGAGAAGCUGGUUCAGGUACUUCCCUUCCCUUCCCUUCCCUUCCCUUCCCUUCCCUUCCCUUACCUUCCAUUACCUUACUUUACCUUACUUUACCUUACCUUUCCUUCCCUCUUCUUCCCUUGA